AAAAUAUUGGAACAAACAGCGCAGUUGAAAGGUCAUCAAAGCAUUAUGAAACUUCAAAUUUAUGCUUUCAAUUAUCUCGUUCAACACUGGAAGGUCACCGAGUUAAUGUUUCGCUUUCUGCCGGUAUAAAUACAAAGCCCAGUGUUUCAUUGAUCAAAUAGUUCCAAAUGGAGGAAAUAUCUAGUUCCGAUUCUUUUGGUGCUGACUCCAGUGCAAGGCCCGAAUCUGAAACCUCCAAAUUGGAUGAGGAACAAGAGAAAGCCACAACAGCUGUGCAAGACACUCCAACAUCCCCGCCAGCCGAAGAAGACGCAACCAUUGACAAUCCGACUGCUGAUGCGACUAACGUUGAAAAGCCCGCAGAGACAUCAAGUGGCCAAGUGGACGAGGAUUUUGAUCAAAUCUCCGAAGGUUCUUUGGACAUGGAUGAGAGCCAAUCGCAGGGCAAAACAGAUGCGGUCGCAAAUGAUGGUGAAGACAAGGAACAGCAGCAGGAUGCGGACACAGAGCCAUCUGCAGCUAAUCCAGAAGACUUAGAUGAAGAGGAGCCUCAGGCUGCAACAGAAGAAGAGCCGGAGGAGCACUGCAAUCUCGAUGCCAGCGGUGAUGCCGAUUCGCUGCAACAACGUGACGCCCUCGAGAGCGUCGAAGGAGAUGAGGAGGAUGCUGGUGAUAAUGAUGCCGUCGAUGGUGCACCGUCCACCUCAAUUGAGGCAAUGGACGUGGACGACGCUGAAGCUGAGAAUGAGGCGACGGCGCCAGCGAAAGCCGCCGACGAUGAGCAAGCUGACGAUGUGGAAAUGCGCUCAGAAGGCAACGAUUCUCGGCAAGAAGACGAAGGAGAUGCUGGCAAAGCCAUUGAUGAAUCAAAUGCGCCCUCAGAGGGCAGAGAUGAAGUGGAUAGAAUAGACGAGCAGGAACAAGACGCUUCGGCUGAAACUAGUGCAGCACAGGAGGACGAUGAGCGAGCUGAUGCUGAAGGCGAUGCAGAUCAGCUGGACGAUGCUGCAGAGGCAGAGCAAUUAGAUGAUUCUGGCGAAGCUGAAGCAGAGCAGUUGGAAGAUGCUGCCGAGGCAGAGCAUGGAGAUGAUACUGUGGAAAAUGUGUUGGAGCCCGAGGAGUCGGAUGUUUGUCUCAUACCCGACGAUCCCGAGACGGAGGUCACCGAGGCCGAAAAGGAGCAGGCACGUGAGAAUGCCGAAAAGGCGGCCGAAGAGGAAGAAGCCGCUGAACAAACACAAGCAGCAGCAGCAGCCUCUUCCAAAUCCCCCGUUGCUGAGACAGACGAAGCAGCCGACGAACACAAUGAAAAGGAGGAUGGGGCAGGCGAAGCGAAUGCUUCGACGUCGGACGAAGUGCCAAGAACGCCAAAUGCAGCUGCUCAAGCUGAUAAGUCAGCUGGAGGAAGUGUGUCAGCCUCAGAAGAUGCCAAAGCGGACGCCGAGGCUAAUGACGAAGAUGCGCCAGAGGCCGAUGCUCCGGAUGCGGAUGAGCCAACGGCCGAGGAGGCAUCCAGUGCGGCAGCUGGCGAGGCAGGCGGAGCAGCCAAAAUCAUCAUCAGCUGGAUUGUUGCCAGCACUCACAAGUGCCGACAAUGUGAUGCCGAGAAAAGCUGCGGUUACCGCUUCAAAAAUUUAGAAGUAGCAGUUAAUGAGGAGGCGGAUGCGGACAACGAAGAAGCGGCAGAUGCAACAGCUGCAGCAGGAAGCUUUGAGUAUCUGUGUGAUCAGGCUUGCUGUGAUGCGCUGUUGGCCGAUCAGCCGGGCAAAUUCUUUUUGCGGCGCAAAAAGUUUCUGGUCGAGGAAGUCAGCAGUCAGCAAGAAGGACGCGGCGAAGAUGAUGAACCAGCCACUGAAGCAGCUGAUGAGGAGACUGCAGCGACGGCUGAUGAAUCGGAAACAACGACGACAGGCAAACUUAAUGAUUGCCUGCAGUGCAAAGAGCAAAAGAAUUGCAAAUACUUUUUGCGUCAGGACCAGGACACGUUCUACAUUUGCAACGAUGAUUGCUAUAAUCUGUUGAAUGCCGAGGAGCCGGAUAAGUUCAAACUGAAGCGACACUCGAUACGGGUACGAAAUAUUGGCGCAACCACGAUACGUUCGCCCAGCAAAAAACCCGAAUCCUCCAAUGUAGUGGCACGCACCAAUGCCGAAGCCGAAGCGGCGCGUCUCGAUCGCAUCGAAAGCUUUCGACGUCGCUGCGCCGACUGUGAGCAGGAGAUCAAUGUGAGCGAGAAGCAACUGAUCUGGGAGACGAUGGACUUUUGCAAUGAGAUCUGUUUGGGGAGCUAUCAGCGUUCCUUUGGCGGCAACUGUGAGACCUGCAAGCAGGAGGUGAGCUCCAUAGCGCUUGGCAAAUACUGUGUUCGCUUUGGCUUCGAGGUGCGACAAUUUUGCUGUGCCGCAUGUCUCAACACCUACAAGAAGGGCCUGAAGACGUGCUCGUGCUGCCAGAAGGACAUUAGCAGCGGACAGGAGGGUUUCUUAGCGCCCGUGGGCGAUAAGGAUCAGUUCAAAGACUUCUGUUCGCAAGCCUGCCUGCGACGUUACGACAAUAUGUGCAAUCCCCGCAAGAAACUGCGCAACGAAAUGUGCGGCGUUUGCAACAAUGAAAAACCGGUGCGCGUGGAAAUGUUGCUGGACGAUAAGGAGCAUUAUUUCUGCUCGAAUCCCUGCUUCUCGGCGUUCAAAUUUGUCAGCAACGUGAAUGCGGAUCCCUGCGCCAUGUGCUGCAAAUACUUUGAACGCAAAACCGCCGAUGCAUACACCAUCUACAACACCGAUAGGCAUUCGCCGAAAAUGUUCUGUUCCCGGAUCUGCAUUAACGUGUACAUUAUCGUGAAUCGACACAUUGUGUCGUGUCAAUGGUGCAAGGUGAAAAAGUACAAUUUCGAUAUGAUCUAUAAGGUGCAAGGCGAUGUGGAAACACUCACCUGCUCAAUCAAUUGCCUCACCAUGCAUGGCGUCAGUUGCAACAUUUCGGCACGAGCUGUCACCAAGUGCGACAAUUGCAGCAACGCGAGCACUCCACAGUAUCACUUGACCAUGUCGGAUGCAUCGAUGCGCAAUUUUUGUACAUAUCAGUGUGUGAUGCAGUUUCAAAAUCAAUUUGCGCGCGCUCCUUUGACGCUAGACAGCGAUUUGCCAUCGACAUCAGCGAGCAAGUCAUCGCAGCAGCAGUCGUCGCCGUCACGUGCCAGCAAUAAGAAUGCAGCACCGUUUCCCACUGGAUUGCCUAAGCGUGUCAAAUUAAAAUUAGCACAGCCGUCCGGUGUGAAGAAUAAUGCCACGGCUGGCAAGAAAACAGCCGGCGGCACCGUUGUACCCGUCAUUUCGACGGUACAAUCUUUGGCCAGCGGCGAAACGGAAGCGCGCAUUGGCAGUGUGACAGUACGCCGUAAACGUGGACGCAAACCGGAUUCGCCGCCGCCACUGGCGAUGAGCAGCAUGGCAUCGCCCGCUACAUCCACAGUGGCCACCGGCGAGGUACGCGGACGAGGACGACCGCGUAAGCACGUGGAUUAUAGCGUUGCUCGUUCACCAUCGCCUCCACGCAUGCUCAUGAGCAGCAGCGUACCGAGCAGCAACGAGUUCAACCCGCCGGCCAUCACAGAAACCAAGAUCAUUACGGUGCCGCCAUAUCCGAAGGCUGUGCGCAAUGUGAACAUCAGCUGUAAACCGAUGACCGUCUCCCAAGGGGAGCAGUGCACGCCGUCCGUGCGCGAUUGCGCAACACAAACGGAAAAGGAUUAUUCAAACAAGGUGCUGAUACCGGUGCCGGUGCCUAUAUUUGUGCCACAACCGAUGUACAUGUAUUCGGCACCGUUCCCGGUGCCCGUGCCCAUUCCGCUGCCAAUACCGGUGCCCAUCUUUAUACCAACAACACGCAACACCUCCCAGGGCAUAUUGAAAGAGAUUAAAAAGAUACAGGAUAAAAUGCCUGAGGAUCCGUUGGAAGCUGAGCUCCUGAUGAUGGCCGAAAUGGUGGCGGAGGAGAAACAUGAUUCAGAUUCCGAUUCGGACAAUGAAAUUAAACCGGAUCCAGGUCUAGUGACGAUGCAAUAUCAAAACAGUUUGGAGCAACAGCAGCAGCAGCAACAACAACAACAGCAGCAACAAGUGGUUGACGUGAGUGCGGCCAGUCAUAAUCCCUAUGGUGAUGAUAUGCUGCAGAUCGCGCUUAAAAUGGCAACCGGCGACUAUGAUAAUCAUCAUCAGACCACAACAGUGGAUCUGGAGUCAACAAUGACGACCAACACGAUAUCAAAUCAAUCGCCAAUGGGUCAUGACAUGGGCCAAAUGGGAGUGCAUCAUCUGGACCAGCAACAUCACAUGCUGGAUGCGACGCAACGUUCACCGCGUGGUCGUAAACGAGGUGGUGGCAACAUUGCUGUUAUGGAUUCCCCAUCAAGGAAUAGUCGGUCGCCCGUGAAGCGGCAACGGGGUAGCGAAAUGGAUCACUCGGCGCUGCAGCAACAGUCACAACAGGCACAACAGCCGCAGGAGAAGCCCGACGCACAAAUGUUCCUCAAGUACACGUUCGGUGUAAAUGCCUGGAAGCAGUGGGUGAUGACCAAGAAUGCGGACAUUGAGAAGAGUUCGAUGCGUCGUCGUCCGUUUAAAACGGAGCUGCUGCAAAUGACAGCUGACGAGUUAAAUUAUUCGCUCUGCCUGUUUGUAAAGGAGGUGCGCAAACCCAAUGGCACCGAGUAUGCGCCCGAUACCAUCUAUUAUCUUGUGCUGGGCAUUCAACAAUAUCUAUAUGUAAAUGGUCGCAUUGAUAACAUCUUCUACGAUCCAUAUUAUGAACGCUUUACGGAGUGUUUGGACGAAGUGGCGCGAAAGUUUUCCGUACUCUACAAUGAUUCACAAUACAUUGUGACGCGCGUCGAAGAGGAGCAUUUGUGGGAAUGCAAACAACUUGGUGCCCAUUCACCUCAUGUGCUGCUCAGCACGCUCAUGUUCUUCAAUACCAAGCAUUUCAAUUUAACUACCGUUGAGGAGCACAUGCAAUUAUCUUUCUCGCACAUUAUGAAGCAUUGGAAACGCUCAUCGCAGAACUCCAAAGUUCCCGGCACACGGAACGUCUUGCUACGCUUUUAUCCACCGCAGGCGGGUCUGGAUGCCAAUCCGCGCAAGAAAAAGGUCUAUGAACAGCAGGAAAACGAAGAGAAUCCACUGCGCUGUCCUGUGCGUUUAUACGAAUUCUAUCUAUCAAAAUGUCCGGAAAGUGUAAAGACGCGCAACGAUGUUUUCUACUUGCAACCAGAAAGAUCUUGUGUGCCCGAUUCGCCCGUUUGGUACUCCACGCAGGCGCUUAGCCAGGAUGCAUUGCAGCGAAUGCUGCAUCGAGUGAAGAUGGUUAAGGAAAUCAACAUAGCGCUAUUGACAACUUAAUGUAUAGUUAGACAGACCGACGAUACACACAUACACAUUGUAUGUGAAAGGAUCAUUUUCUAAUGUAAUGGAAACAUUUACAAAAACAAAUUACAACUUUUGGUGCUAAGCACAAACUUGUUUGCGGGCAAAAUCACCAAACAUACAAAAAAUAAUGAAAAGCUUAAAAGAAAACAAAAAUACCAGCUAUACUAAAAGAAGAGCGCCUGUAAAACGACUCCAAAAUUUUGAUGAUUUUUUCACUCAUUAUUUUUGGAAGUAGUAGAUACGUAAACCGCUAAUCAACUAAAUUAAUGAAUUGUUUAUAAAAAGAUACACAAAUUAAAUAUGUGCAAAAAUAAUAAUACCACAAUAUUAGGAAUUGUAUAGAAUUAUGAAUUAAAAUGUAAUUUUACAGAAAAUCAUCUACAUUUAUCGAAGAUCACAUCUAACAAUCAGAAACUGCAUGCACAGACACACAUAAUUCAUAAUUGAUUAGUUUUAGUUACAUAAGUGCACAUCGACGAUGACGAUGACGAUUGAGUUUAGUCAUUUAUUUAGAAUGUUUAGUCAUAAGCUGGUAAGCAAAUUGAGCAAAUCACUGUCCAAGCUGGCAGCUCUAGGGAAAGAGUGGUGUGGAGUCGUUUUUUGGGCGCACAUUGUAUGUAUAUUGAAUAUAAUCCUAAAUGAAAAAUAAACUAUACAGAUAGAUACAGUGUACAUAGAGCAUAACAACAAGCAUGUAACAAUUUAACCAUUGUCGCGCUGUUCUUCUAUAGGUGUUUUAUUUGUAAAAUGCUGUACUCCUUAAUUAACAAAUAAUUUUAAAUAUACAAUAUACAUGUAUUUUACAGCCUAUAUAUGCAAUUUUUUAAUAUUUCACACGGGUCCUUGGAAAUGAGGGGAUAACAGCAAUUAUUAAAAUAAGAUUUUUUUUGCGGUUAGUUGCAUUACAAAAUUUCCGUUUUUAUUGACAUUAAAUAUGCAGCAGUGUAAUUAAUACAUAAAUUACGAUUACAAGUUGUUAAAUUGAAACACCACUCAACAUGACUCAGUACAAAUAGUUCGAUACAAUAUUUUUGCUAUACCCAAACAAUUAACUUGGCCAUUGGAUAUUCUGUUUUUUGGUGUUUUUGUUAUUAUGGGAUGAUUAUCUGAUCAGAUAGGGUGCAAGUAACGUGGUGGUGGCGACGGAGGAAAAAAACAAACUGAAGAGAAUUUGUUUCGGGAUAUUCUGUUUGGUGCUUUUGGUUAGCUGCCAUCUAUUGGUCACGACGUUAUUAUGGGAUGAUGAUCUGAUCAGAUGGGGUGCAAGUAACGUGGUGGUGGCGACGGAGGAAAAAACUCUGCCGUCUGUGGUGAUAUACAGUGGCGCAACCCACAAGUUGCCACCCAU